GUAGUUAUUGUCGACCACGGCUCGAGGAGGAAAGCAUCAAACGACCUGCUGGAAGAAUUCGUGAGGAUGUACAGGGAGGAGACUGGUCGUCCCAUUGUGGAGUUAGCUCACAUGGAACUGUGCGAGCCCGGCAUAGACGUCGCGUUCUCGCGGUGCGUCGAGCAGGGAGCGACGCUAGUAGCGGUGAGCCCAUUCUUUCUAUCCCCCGGGAGACAUUGGCAGGAGGAUAUCCCCGCGCUCACCGCCGAGGCGGCGUCGAAACAUCCGGGAGUUGGGUAUUUUGUCGCGGCGCCACUCGGGCUGCAUCCACUCAUGGCAACUAUCGUGGAGAGCCGGCUGGAGACGUGCAUGGCGCACCUCACGACCGGUGGCGGUAAGUGUGACGUGUGCGACGGGACG